AUGAUCAUAUUUCUCUCCCUACUCAGCUUCGCCUUCCCGGCCAAAGCUGCUAUCAUCUCGUCGGGCCCGAAGCUACUUAGGAGACAGGACAUCUCGACAUCUUCGAAGUAUACGUACGAAACACUUGGUUAUUCAUCGGUGGGCGAGAGCGACGGAUCGACUAUCUGGGCGCCGUUCGAUUACGAUGCCAGGGUAUAUUACACGAUAUCAUCAGGGAAUUACUUUGCAUGGUGUACCUUCGACUUGGACUAUUCCACCAGAACCGACGGAACCCUGGUUUCUUAUGAAACUUUCACAAGGUCACGUACCGAUUGCCCAAUGUUUACAAGCUGCGACUUGGGCGUCGAGGUAGGAGAAUCGACCACUUACCAAUGUGCUGGCGGUGGGUCUAUGUGCGGCACAAGACUCUUCUACAGUUCGUACGGCGCCUCAGAAGCAAAAACGGAUAUUGUCUGCCUUACUUCUACCCCUGGCGCCCCGCUCGUUACGUCGGUGUUCAAGGAGAGGCCACCAAACAUAGUCCCCGACAUCAGCGCUUCAGUCACAACAACCCCAUCCUCGUCGCCCAGCCCCCUCACACCCGGAUCGACCCCGAUUGAACCUACGCCAUCCUCCACUUCCACGCCAGCAUCGGACCCUUCUAAGCCCAACAAUGCCGGUAUCAUCGCUGGCUCUGUGGUAGGCGGCGUAGCCGUUCUCGCCCUUGCAUCCGUCGCGACACUCUGGGUCCUGAAGCGUAAUCGGAGCUCCGCAACGUACUAUGGCGGCCACUAUCAGCCUGAGAAGGUGAAUGAUGUACCGGAGUAUAACCCACAUGCUAGUAGUGUAGCUUAUUCAGGCGUCACGGGAACUGGUGGGAGCCCACAUAUGGGGGUGCAUUCGCCGGCGGAGAUGUAUGCGGGCAGACUUGAGAGGGCGGAGUUGAGUGGCGUUAGGAGUCCGGUUCAGUUAUGA